UCCAACUUCCAAGUUAAAUAUGUCGUUUCAUUGUUAUUUAACUUUAUUCGUCAAACAACGAUGACUAUUGUAUGAGUGUCUAGCAUAUAUACUGUUUUAUUUCGUAUUAUUACGCCAUUCUUAAAUAAACUUUCAAAAGAUUCAGACGCCUUAAGUUUAACAUCGUUUUAAUCACUUAAACAAUGGAGUUUCCUCAUAUUGGAAAGAAUUGUUCAUAUAAAUCUUGUAAUAAAUUGGACUUUCUGCCAAUGAAAUGUGAUGCUUGCAAGGAUGUAUAUUGCUCUGACCACUUCACAUACAUUAAGCAUGAGUGCCCAUCACCUAAUGGAAGAGAUGUGCAAGUCCCACAGUGUCCACUCUGUGGUGCACCGGUGCCUGGGAAGAGAGGAGAACCCCCUGAUGUUGCAGUGGGUGCACACAUAGACAAUCAAUGUACAUCAGAUCCUGCAAGGGAGAGAAGAAAUAAGGUAUUCACAAAUAGAUGCUCCUACAAAGGAUGCAAAACGAAAGAGAUGGUGCCCUUAGUUUGUAGUGAAUGUGCACUUAAUUAUUGUCUUCGUCACCGACAUGCCGCUGAUCACUCCUGCGAAGGGAAAUUAGCAGCUAAGAGAAGACAAGCCGCUAAUGCAGCGAUGGCACGUUUAAAAGCGAAAGAAAUUAAUUUAACAAACGGAACAGCUGUCUCCACUCCUGUAACUGCAUUCUCAGAAGUACAAGGAAAUAUGUCGGAGGACGAGGCGCUGGCUCGUGCGCUGGCGCUGUCGAUGCAGGAGCAGAACUCCGCCGUGCGCGACAACAACUUCGCGCGCGCACUCGCCCGACAGCGCGUCGGGGGGGAGCAGAACUCACGCUGCUCCGUGUCCUAGCGCGUCGGGGGGCAGCAGAACUCGUGCUGCUCUGCGUCCUAGCGUGUUGGGGGGGAGCAGAACUCGUGCUGCUCCUAGCACCGGCAGCACACGUGGGAUGUCGCAUAGUCACAGCUAGUUGCGUAUGUUACGGCUAAAUUUAUUUCUCAUAGAUAAGCUACAUACAAAUUUAUUUUUUAUAUUUUACAAUCAAAACCAGACACUAUUCCUGAUGAAUAAAUCAAUUGUCAGAGCGACCGGUUGAGCGGAUUAGAUAUCCAUGUGGUGCAGCGCCAUCUUGCGGCGAAUUACAACGUAGAUAAUUUAAGAAGCUCCCCAUUAAUAAUAUGUACUUUAUUAUAUUAGUCUCAAACAGCCCAACAUCCAUUUUUAUAUUUAUUAUGUUACUGUGAUAUACAAAAUGAUUUCACAUUUGACAUGUACAGACGUUUUUAGAAUACCAUUGAGCUCGGACAUGCUAUUUGAAUCUUAGCAGCUUUUAUAUUGUUUUUAUAUCUUUGAUCAUGUUACAUAUUGAAUAUUUAUGUCAUUAAAAUACAUUUUAGUUUCUAACAAAAUCCAUCAAACGAUAUGCAACUUAUCAAUGCCCUUACUCGUGUUAUAAGUAUGUCAAUAUAAAAUUUAUAACUUACUCGCUUAGCAGCCUAUGCUAUUUACGAAACAAAAAAAAAAAAAACAAAUAGCAUUUCUACAUUUACAUAUCUUCUAUAUAAACUACCAUUAUUUCUUCACUAUUUCUAUUUUGGUCAAUUAUAAGAAGUUAUGGACACAGUUUUUAUGGUUACAUUUUUGUGACAACUUGCCUCUUAGACAUAGGUUAGUGUUAAUCCCGCGCUACGACGAAUUCGGAAUAAAACAAAGAUAUAAAAACAACAUAAAAACUGCUAAGAUUCAAAUAGCAUGUCCGAGCUCAAUGGUAUUCUAAAAACGUCAGUACAUGUCAAAUGUGAAAUCAUUUUGUUUAUCACAGUAACAUAAUAAAUAUAAAAAUGGAUGUUGGGCUGUUUGAGACUAAUAUAAUAAGGUACAUAUUAUUAAUGGGAGCUUCUUAAAUUAUCUACGUUGUUAUUCGUCGUUAGAUGGCGCUGCACCACAUGGAUUUCUAAUCCGCUCAACCGGUCGCUCUGACAGUUGAUUUAUUCAUCAGGAAUAGUGUGUGGUUUUGAUUGUAAAAUAUAAAAAAAUCAUAUACAACAAUUGUAAAGGCUUUUCUACGUUAACAAUUUAGCUGUAACUAUUAAUAUGCUUAAAUUAAAUAUUUCUAAGUCCAGCCGAUAAAAGACACAGUAAAGUAUAAAAUUGUCCAAUAAAGUGCGUUAUAGUCUAAUUCGUAACUAUUUACUAUAGAUAUAUCAUUGUCAUGAUGAAAAUGCUUUAAAAACUAAAAAAAAUAUUUGUUUAAUAGCACAAUUGUAAUUCUAAGCAAUUAAUUGUAUUUUCUUAGUGCAACUGUACGAUGGGAGUUCAACGUCGAAUUUGAAUAUGUUUCUUUUAUGUAAUUUAUAAAUGAAACAAUUUCAACACAUAAAGGUUUUACUUCUCACUCGCACGUCACGUGUUUUGUCUCUUAAAAUGUAUAAUGACCAAAUAAAAUAGUAUCCUGUUAAUUUUAAACUAUAUAAGCUUUGUAAAUAUUAUUUUAGAUAUAAUGUUUUUUAUAAACUGUUAUACGAAUCACGUGCUUUGAAUGUUAAACAAUGGACAUGAUUAUUAUUGUUAAUAAUUGCAUGAAUUUAAUAUUUUAAUGUGUUUUUAGUUAGAUUCCGUUAUCAGACAGACAACAUAAGCUGGCAACACUAUAAAAAACUGAAUAACAUUUUGUAUAGAUUAGAAUAUAUAAAAGAUUUUCGUCUUAUGAGUACGUAUAAUAUGACCAAGGACUUUGCCUGUGGUAGAGUUAUGCAUGAGGGGGUUUAUGUGUAAGAAAGUGUAUGGGUACUCUUGGUAUUACCGUGUUUUGGUUUGAAGGGCGAAUGAGUGGGUAUAAUUACAGGCACGAAAUAAAUAACAUCUUAGGUCUGAUAUCUGUCCAGACAUUGACGGUGUAAGACGUGAUUUUAUUUUCAGUUCCUUUGUUCAAAACUGACCACUUACAAUUAGGUACAUGUGCUCUUUAAGACUUUCUAAAACUAAUUAAAGUAGAACCUUACACGGUGGUUAAAUACAAUGGCGUAAAAUGAAAGAUCAUAAGUGUCUCUGAAUGCAAAUAUGUAUAUUAAAAUAUUUACAAUUCGAAAUAACACUAAUUGCAAGUUGUGCUGCUUCGUCCAUUACCUGUGGUGACAUUUAGACGUCAAUGAGAUACGGGAUCUGAUUAUAACACAAUGAUUAUUUGUCAUUAAUUUCUUAUAAUUAUUGACAUUUCUUGUAUUUGAUUUAUUUUUAAAUAAAGUUAUUUGGUUUUAAGGUCA